CGCAAGACCGUUCAUCCUGAGCCAAGCCAAUCUAAACGUACCCACAUGUCGACUAUACCGUCCUCGCCGGCGUCCGCUGUCUCGGGUUCGCCGCCUCCGCCGCAUGUGGUGGAGGACUGCAUGGGCAUCGUGCAGCUCCUGAGCGACGGCACCGUGAGGCGCAGCCUAGACUACUCUCACCUGCCGAUGCUGAGACACGUCCCGUCCGACCUGCCCGUCCAGUGGAAAGACGUGGUGUACGACGCCGGCAACGGCCUCCGCCUCCGGAUGUACAGGCCAACCACCGCCGGCCCCGCAGAUAAGAAGCAUCCGAAGCUCCCGGUGCUCGCCUACUUCCACGGCGGAGGCUUCUGCAUCGCCAGCUUCGAGUGGCCCAACUUCCACGCGGGCGCGCUCCGGCUGGCCGGCGAGCUCCCGGCGCUCGUGCUCUCUGCCGACUACCGCCUCGCCCCCGAGCACCGCCUACCCGCCGCGCAUCAGGACGCGGAGACCGUCCUCUCGUGGCUCCGCGACCAGGCUGCUGCCGGCACCGACGCCUGGCUCGCCGAGUGCGCCGACUUCGGCCGGGUGUUCGUCUGCGGCGAUUCCGCAGGCGGCAACAUGGUUCACCACGUCGCCGCCCGCCUCGGUUCUGGCGCCCUCGCGCUCCGAGACAGGGUGCGCGUCGUCGGGUGCGUGAUACUCUGGCCCUACUUCGGCGGCGAGGAGAGGACGGCGGCCGAGGCCGAGGCCGAGGCCAUGGCGCCGUCGUCCGAGUUCGACCCUGGGAGGAACUUCGAGCAGAUGUGGCGGCUGGCUUUGCCGGAGGGAGCGACCAGGGACCACCCGGCGGCGAACCCGUUCGGGCCGGAGAGCGCCCCGCUCGAUGGCGUGCCGUUCCCUCCGGUGCUCGUCGCCAAGGCCGGCCGUGACCGGAUGCGCGACCGGGUGGCUGAGUACGUGGCGAGGCUCAGGGCCAUGGGGAAGCCCAUCGAGCUCGCCGUGUUCGAGGGGCAGGGCCAUGGCUUCUUCGUCUUCGACCCCUUCGGUGAUGCCUCAGAUGAGCUGGUCCGAGUGGUCAGGCAAUUCGUGUGUACGUGUACGGUGGCCGGCCAUGGGUGAUUAGCACAUGAGUAUAAUGCACCGUAUGGGAAGUGGCACAUCAUGUUGGAUCUGUGCAAGCUUCAUGCAUGCUUUGCUUUUCUCGCCGGCCAUGGGUGAUUAGCACAUGUAAUGCUCUUCUCGCCGGUGCUUGUUUCAUAUAUUCAAAGAAAGUGGUGAAUACUUUCGAUUACAAA